GAUAUACCGGGAGAACCACCGCAACCGUAUCACCGCCGAUUCCCGUUGUUGUUGUUGAGUCGUGUGUUGUGCUGGCCACAGCAUCCGCAUCUCCUCGCUUUGUCCCGAGGCGAGAUUCCCUGAUAUCAACCUCGCCCGCCUCGCCACCCUUCCGUGAUCCUCUGAUAUCUCGCCCCAACUCAUGAUGGACGCCCAGACCAGAGGCAAAAAGACCGGCAAGGCGCGAAUCCCCGACCAUCUCCGGCGGCGAGCGCUGGUCAGUUGUGACCGGUGCAAGAAGAGACGGAUCCGCUGCUUACGCUCCGGGUCAGAUGGCCAGCAGCCCUGUCAGACAUGUCUAGAGGCCGGCGCAACUUGUCAGUCGACGUUGCCCCGGAAAACUCGAAUCUAUGGCAGCGUAGAGACUCUGAGUAUACGAUAUAGAGUGCUGGAUGCUCUUGUCAAAGCUCUGUUCCCCGACAAGGAUACGAACAGCAUCGACUCGCUCUAUGCCAUCGCCGAAGCAAACGAUAUUACCCUGCCCACCUUCAGUGACCAAACCAUUGCAGAGGAGGUCUUCAGCCAGCCUCAAAAGUUGCAUUCCGAGACCCCUCCGGAGAACUCUGAAGCCAGUACAGUGAGGAGCCCCUCGCUCGCAUCCAAUCCUUCCGAAGCUCAUUCCAGCAUCGAUGAUGCGCCUGCUAGCCCGGCCCUCGUCGAGGAAAAGCUCGUUCCUCUCCCCCGUGGCCCAUCUCACUAUAUUGGGCCGUCGAGCUCAUUUGGCUUUGUGCUCACCGUACGGCAUAUGGUGGCAGAGUUCAAUGCGGCCUUGAGAAGCACCCAGCUAGACGACGAGCGCUCGAGGAUCUCGUCGGAUUUUGCAAAAUCAAACUGGAGCAAAGCGCUUGAGCCUAUUGGAAAGGCUGAGAGUGAUACAUCUUCUGAGGACCACAACGACCGAGAUAGCAGCCAAGGCGUCGCCACAGGCCCAAAUCGUGGAUUACACGGCCCCAAAGGACCCGCGAAACCGACCAGUGCUUGGGCCGUGUCUGGUCGGACAAGGAAGCCCGUCACGCUAUCUCUGCUUCCGUCAAGGGAGGUCACCGAUACUUUUGUUGAGGCAUAUUUUAGCCACGUCCAUCCUAAUUACCGUCUAUUCCAUCGGGGUACAUUUCAGACUCGCUACGAGUCUAUGUGGGCCCAACCAGGCGGACUCCUGAAAGACCAAGAGCCUGGGUGGAUAUGCUGUAUUUUCAUGAUGCUUGUAUUUGGAGCACAAGCGCUGGAAAAUCGCGAUAAAGCUGAAUCACUGCGGAUUCAGCAUCACUAUUUGGAAAUGGUCCAGUCCCGGUUACAUUCGCUGGUCAGCACAAGCACCCUGGUCAAUGUCCAGGCCCUUCUCCUUCUCCAGUUAUACCAACAUAACAACACCGAGCGCAACAGUGCCUUCAUGUUGUUGGGCUGCGCUUCGAGAAUGGCUAUGGCCCUCGGUAUGCAUCGGGAAGGUACCUCGGGAGGAUUCGACGAGAUGGAGCGGGAGGUGAGGAAACGGGUGUGGUGGACAUUGUACGUUUUCGAGCAGAACCAGUGCGCGAUCCUCGGCAGACCUUGCGCAAUUGACGACAUGGAAGUCAAUGUUACAUUUCCAGAUGAGAUCAUGUUGGAGGGUACAAAUCCAGACCCACCAGGUUAUGUUGAAUAUCUUGUACGCAUCACGAAGCUGAUGUCAGAUGUUCGACGCAAAAUCUACGCCUCGCCCAGCAAUCCCGCACAGCAUGGUGACCACCCCAAGAUAGGGGUUGCCAUCCAGUUCCUCCUAGAUCUUGACUCUUGGUAUAACAGUUUACCCGCCGCUCUGCGCCUCGACUGUCUUACCCAUACACCAUGGCAGCGCCGCGCCGUUACCCUCCUCCACGUCCAAUUCCAUCAUACGCAGGCCCUUGUGGCACGACCUUUCAUUCUCCGGAAGGUGAGUGUGCAAUUAGCCCGCCGACUGGGAAAGCAUGUGCGUUCUCAAGAUCUCGAUAAGGAAGAGGUGAACCUCAGCAAUGCGUGCGGAGACUUUUCCAGAAAGACGGUUGACCUUCUCAAUCAACUCCUGGCCACGGGCAUGUUUGACGGCGUUGCGUGGCUCGAUGCCUACUACAUCUACCAUGCUGUUUUUAUCCUGGCCCUCGAUUUCCUCGCUCGCCCCUGGGAUGACCAGGACACACCCGAGGAUGCAGCUCGCAAGAAAGCCGUUCGAGACAUAGCAGAUGCUUUGCAAGAUGUAAAACUCUGUCCCACGUUUGCCAUCUUGGUCCCGGUGGCUAUGCAGCUUGCCAAGAUCGUCGGCAUUUUCGAUCCCCAGCCAGUUCCCAACAACGAGCGGAUCCCCAAAACGGAGGAGAUCCCCCAGUAUUAUAAUCAACUGCAGUCCCAAUUAUCACAGUCCCAAUCAUAUCCAUUAGUGCCCCAGGGGACUCUGCCCAUUGUCGAAAAUGGGAUCAAUUCCUGGUUCCAGAAAGGACCCGUCGACAUCCCUUGGGAUUUCAGAGAUUUCUUUGGAGUAGAUGCUUCUGGACUGGGUCCUGCGGGUUCGUUUACUUAUUUCUCCGCACCGAUGGGAAAUGUAUAUCGUAAUCAUAUUCCUGGAAUUGACGAGGACAGCAUGGCUCAACCCCUCCCACCCGAUAUUAGCUAUAUUCCGUGGGGCGCGGUUGAGAACCCGUAUGCGCAGCCGAAUCGGGGAGGCGGAAGCUGAAAUCCCUUUUCAGGAGACAUACAAUAAAGGGGGAUGAGACAGCGGAUUGAUGAUAUGCGAUAGCUGUCGACGCAGCUAUGGCGGCUGAGAUGUAAGGGGAAAACACUACCCCCCACGUUCUAUGCCCACCCUAUUCCGAACGACUUACUUUUUACGACACAAUCUUUGUGGAAAUAUGUGGAAGUAGCUCUAGGGGUGCCAUCGGAGGAGGUAGAAAAGCGAGGAUAU